AUGAAGGAGGAUCAAGUCGUGCUGGAAGAACCAGGAUUCCAAGAUGAAGAGGAAUCUUUGUUUCAAGACAUUGACCUGUUACAAAAACAUGGAAUUAACGUGGCUGACAUUAAGAAGCUAAAGUCAGUAGGAAUCUGUACCAUCAAAGGGAUACAAAUGACAACAAGAAGAGCCCUAUGCAAUGUCAAAGGACUCUCAGAAGCCAAAGUGGACAAGAUUAAAGAGGCAGCCAACAAACUUAUUGAACCAGGAUUCUUGACUGCAUUUGAGUAUAGUGAAAAGAGGAAAAUGGUUUUCCAUAUCACCACUGGGAGCCAGGAAUUUGAGUGUUGGGGCAACUGUUGUUUUGGCACAGUGUCCGGCAAAUUUCGUACUGGAAAAACCCAGCUCUCUCAUACCCUCUGUGGUGAACAUCAGAUGGAGCUACUUGAUUAUGUAGCAGCAAAAUUCCAUGAAGAAGCUGGCAUUUUCAAGCUAUUGAUCAUUGAUUCAAUAAUGGCACUUUUUCGAGUGGAUUUCAGUGGUCGUGGGGAGUUGGCUGAACGGCAGCAAAAAUUGGCCCAGAUGUUGUCACGACUCCAAAAAAUCUCAGAAGAAUACAAUGUAGCUGUUUUUGUGACCAAUCAAAUGACUGCUGAUCCAGGAGCAACUAUGACCUUUCAGGCAGACCCCAAAAAACCUAUAGGAGGACACAUUCUGGCUCAUGCUUCAACAACAAGAAUAAGUUUGAGAAAAGGAAGAGGAGAACUCAGAAUUGCCAAGAUUUAUGACAGCCCUGAGAUGCCCGAAAAUGAAGCCACCUUCGCAAUCACUGCUGGAGGAAUUGGGGAUGCCAAGGAGUAG